UUGAGAAGUGGGCUAGGCGAAGUAACACGACGGGACAGUCAGAGUGUUAGUUGCUGUCACGAAUUUUUAGCGCCUUGUACGGCGACUUCAAUUUGUUUCUUGUGAAUGUCAAUAAUUAUAAUGGCUGUAAAGUUUAGAGUAUUUGGUCCGAGGUAGGAUUGGUAAACUAUCCACUCGGUGGUGAAAAAAAAAGACAGAAACACUCCCUCUGUCGGGAGGUAAUCAUGGCCGACAAAAUCUGUGGCGAUGGCAUUGGCAACAGUACUGGAAGACUGUAUAACGCCGAAGUAGACUUAAUAACACCAACUACAAUGUAUGGCAGCAGCCCCGGCGAACCGAGGACGUUGGUGCAAUCUGUGGAUACCGCGGGUCCGAAAAAGAAGCCGACGUCGUUUCAAAUCACCAGCGUCACCGUGCAAGGGUCCCGGUUAAGCAACGACGGCGGUGACGAGAGUGCCGACGACUUGGACGAAAGCCACACAGAGGACCUGAGCUCCGACAUCCUGGAUUGCUCUAAGACGACGGACACGGAGCAGUUGUCACCAACGGAAGACAACACGCCGUCGAUAGCGCCGGCGCCGCCCGCCCCCACGGAGGCCGCCACCGAGCCGGUGACGGCGGCGGUCAGUGCUGCGCCCAGCGAUCCCGUGCCGUCGGGCGGCCUGGCCGCGGUGACUGUGUCUCCGGCGGUGGUUACCGGUGCUGCGGGCACGCUAACCAUAGUGGCCGGCACGCCCGCGGCGCCUAGCACGACGGAUGGCCCCAUCAACCCUGACCACUGGCAGCGGCGCUUCAAGGUGGUUAAGAUCGUCAGCUCGGAGCCGUUCGGCCGAGGACGCUGGCUAUGCAUGGACUUUGUCGACCCGCCUGCCAUGCAGACCGAUGCCAAGGCCGGCGAAGAGCGCGACAGCGGCACCGCCGCCGCGGACCUGCCGCCGGCCGUGUCCAACGAGGCAGUGGCCCACGUGUACGAAAUUCCCGUCGGCCAGACGUACCCGGCCAACAGCCAACAGAGCGGGCCUCUGUACGGCAUCAUUUUGCCAGUGUCUGCGGGUGGUCAAGGGGCCUCGCCCUUAAGUGUGCUCCAGCCGAUCGCCGAGCAACAGCAGCCGCAGGCGGCAGCAGUGCACGACAAGCCUCCCGCAACGGCUGCCCCGCCGCAGCCGGCGGCGGUGGUAGCACCGGUACCUGAACAACAACCGCAGCAUCAACAGCAGCAGCCGCCGCCUGUCGCAGCCGACGCUGCUGCAGCCCAGGCCGUCGAGCCCAUUCCCGAGAACGCUACCAACAAGUCAGCCACGGAGGAAGACUCCGAGAGGUUUCCUGGCCAAGUGGCGAGGGUUCCCUCCCGGUUGCCCUUUGGCAAAGGUGGUCACAAGGCAAAGGUGCAUGAUUUGCUCCUCACGUCGGCUGGGAGCACGGUGGCAAUCGACAACAAAAUUGAGCAGGCCAUGGACUUAGUCAAGAGCCACCUCAUGUUUGCUGUGCGUGAGGAAGUGGAUGUGCUUAAAGAAAAGAUAACGGAGCUGCUGGACCGGAUAGCUCAGCUGGAGUAUGAAAAUGGUAUCCUGCGUGCUGGUGCUUCGCCGGAGACCCUGAGCCUACUGGCUCAGUCUGCACAGCAAGCAGUGCCCGUGUCCCAGCCACAGUUGCCUCAGCCACAGCAGACGAUAGCGGCAGUGGCCGCAGCGGUGGCCCAGCCGGUUGUGGUGCCACCACAGCAGCAGCAGCAGGCCCCUGUUGCGCCAGUGCAACCUGUAGCCAUGCAGCCAGUGCCAGUGCAGCCACAAGUUCCACAGCUGGUUACGGUUGUCCAGCAGCCACAGCAGCUGACGCAUCAGCAGCCACAGCCUUCACAACCUGUGCAGCUGCAGCACCAGCCCCAAUUACCGCAGCAGCAGCAGCAGCAACAAAAACAACCCUUGCAACAGCCGCCACCCACGUAGCUUCCGUGUUAGUUGUACAUAGAACAGUUUAAUCGGGAAAGCACCACUCCGUGGGACAAAAAGGGAUGCAAGACAAGGAAGGACCAGUGUGCUUCGUGCAUGAAGUGUCUUAGGUGUACAUAGACAGUGUGGCUUUCUCUCAUUCUUUUUUUUUUCCACAAGUGAACUGGUGGGGUGGAAUAGUGACGACCAACCUAGUUAGCCAGUCCCUGUUGCCUUCUCUCUGGGAAGAAGUAUGAGGCGCUGUGAUGAAAAAGUUCUGUGGCGUUUCUCUCUCUGCGCCCUUCCCCUGUCUCGCUGCAUUUUUUAAUUUUUUCACCUUCCUCAGCCUUGUCGUGCCUCUGUCUCUCAUGUGUUAAGGAAAACUAUAGUCGUCACUGUCUUUGCCACGUUUCUUUUUUUUACACAAAGUACUUUUUGCUCAUCUUGGUGGUGCUAGCACCCCUGAGUCAUUGCUUUAUUACUUUUUUUUUGCUUUGUCCUUUGUUGUUAUGUAAAGAAAAGCAAAGUCUGGUCACAUGCAGCUUGUGUCCCAAGUGUGUGGUAUAUAUAUAUAUACAUAUAUAUAUAUACAUGCAUAUAUGUUUGUGUGCGUGCCGAAUCGGCUUGAGACGAUUGAGAUGUCAGCAUGUUUUGGAAUGCUCACAGCAGUCAGUUACAUGUGGUGCGACUGAUUGGACUAAUGUUUCUAGAUAAGUGACAGAAAAACUGACACCGGCACCCUUUCUGGAAAGGUGUGUGCAGGUUAGGCUUGUUGUAGCUUCUCAGUAAUAUAAGGACUGAAGAAAAAAAAAGCAUCCUGUUAACGAGCAGUUCCUAUCCUCCUGUCGUUUUAGAAUCUUCUGACCCAACUGCAUAUAGUGUACUCAGCAUGGGUUGUGUCCAUUCCUUUCCCACUAAGUUUUGACAGAUGGAAUUUCUUGUUGAGCUCUCUGCGAGCUUUAGUAAAGUCGGCAAUUUCGCUUCAGUGAAAAAGACUAAUGGGAAUGCACUUUUAGCGAGUUUUACUCUGUUUUGGUUUAAUGUGCAGACUCGUUAAAGCAUUGAAACCCCCUUCCCGUCCUUUAUUUUACAUUUGGGAAGUCUAGAUAUUUUUUUCUCCAACUGGUAUCUUUGACAUGGUUGCUCUUGUAAUGCCUGUAUAUAGGAUGCAAAAGUGAAUAAUUUAUAUGGCAUUUCUACUGCUGUAUUUGGGCAACUUUCUAUGCCUGGGUCAAUAAAAUGCAUAUUUUUGUUAGGGAUGAGACAAAAAACAAUUGGCUAUGCUGGUAUACUCGGCUCUCCGAUUUCUAUCAACAUAUAGGGUUAUCUGUGUGUGAUGCUUUUUUACAUAUUUAUUAGUUUUAAUCAGCUGCUGCAGUUCAAAAAAAAAAAAAAUUAAAGUGCUUUGAAUAAUG